GGAUCGUUCCUGUGCCUCCGGAAGAGCCGAGUCCAGGUCCCGCCCGCGGCCGGCGAGCGGACGCCCUGCAGCCCGAGAUGGCUGAUCCCUGGCAGGAGUGCAUGGACUAUGCGGUCACCCUAGCAAGGCGAGCUGGAGAGGUAGUUCGUGAAGCUCUGAACAAUGAAAUGAACGUUAUGAUUAAAAGUUCUCCAGCCGACUUGGUAACUGCGACAGACCAGAAAGUUGAAAAGAUGCUUCUUUCUUUCAUAAAGGAAAAGUACCCAUCACACAGUUUCAUUGGUGAGGAAUCCGUGGCCGCUGGGGAGAAAAGUGUCUUAACCGACAACCCGACGUGGAUCAUUGACCCUAUUGAUGGAACAACUAACUUUGUACACAGAUUUCCUUUUGUGGCUGUUUCCAUUGGCUUUGUUGUCGAUAAAAAGAUGGAGUUUGGAGUUGUCUACAGCUGUGUGGAGGACAAGAUGUACACGGGCAGGAGGGGAAAGGGUGCCUUCUGUAACGGUCAGAAGCUGCAGGUCUCACGGCAAGAAGACAUCACCAAGUCACUCUUGGUGACGGAGCUGGGCUCGUCCAGAACGCCGGAGACCGUGAGGACUGUCCUCUCCAACAUGGAGAAGCUCCUCUGCAUUCCCAUCCACGGGAUCCGAGGAGUCGGAACAGCAGCUGUCAACAUGUGCCUCGUUGCCAGCGGGGCUGCAGACGCAUAUUAUGAAAUGGGCAUUCAUUGCUGGGACAUGGCAGGAGCUGGCAUCAUUGUCACCGAGGCCGGAGGGGUGCUGAUGGAUGUAACAGGUGGACCGUUUGACUUGAUGUCGCGGAGAAUAAUAGCUGCGGGCAGCAAAACCUUGGCCGAGAGAAUAGCCCGAGAGAUCCAGGUGGUGCCUUUUCAAAGAGACGACGAAGAUUGAUCCUCACAGCCUCACACUCGGCCACGCUUGCUGCCUCGCCCAGAUUUGCUGAUGCUCUGAUGGGAUCAGAAAAUUUAGGACAUUGUUUCAGUCCUAUAAUCUGAUUGCUUUAAAUUGUCUUUGGUGUCCAGAUGAAAAAAUUGCUCCUUGUUCCAUAUUUUACUAGGACUAGGUAUGCACGAAUAGGUGAAAUGUUUAUUGUUUUAAAAGUGUGUGUAGGAACGUACUUUACGGCAGCUGAUGAGAUGGGUAUCACAUCCGCCGACAUAGUCAAUGAACGGUUCGGAGUUUCUGAGUCUAUAUGAGCCUCUGAAAUUUUGACUGGCUAUGUAGAUAGGCAUUCUUAAUUACAAAGUCAACUUUUUGGAAAACAAUUUCUCUUUAGAUUGAAAAGCCGUAUGUCACUGAAUUUGUAAGAAGUAUGAUGAGUACUUCCUAGGCCCAGGUUUCUCUCUUUGCAGAGAACCUUGCUUUGUGCAUCCGUGUACAGGUAGCACCUAGCAUAGCACCUGUCAGAUGGUCAGCAACGCAAAAAUAAGUGUUGGAACAACAUAUUUUGAAGGCAGCAAAUCCUAGGUGUAAUAAAUACGUAAGUAAAGAGGCCACCAUUCUCUAUUUUUACUUCAGGUUUUGAAGUAAAAAUUACGUAGACAUCCUUUUUGUAUUUCACGUUACCAGUCCUUUUAACAUUUCAUUCCUUACCAUUUUCAUUGCCACCGCCAGGCGGCGCUCCUUAGUGUGACAUUUCUGCAGUGAGUGUAUUUCCCAGACACCCCAUUUCAGUACUCAUACUGUGAUGGAUUUCUGCACCGCCCCUGUGUUCAGACUGAUCUAGCUGAGCACCGGAGGCUAGACCGUGGCAGAUACAUGGAGCUGAUGAUACUGAGCUGUUUGUUUUUUCUCAGACUCCUCGUUUACUUCAUUGCCACAGGUUCCUAUUCGAUUUUUAAAUAUUCCUUAAUAGUCUUGGGCUUAUCAAACUCAAAAAUAAAACUGUUCCAGUUCAUAGAUACUUGUAAAGAUUUAUUUAUUGCUUAGCCUUGUCCUAGGCCUAUUAAGUUUAGUCAUGGGCUUAUGUGAGCCUCAUAUUUGAGGGAACAAAAGUUUUCAAGGCAGGGGCUACCUUGUGCGUGUCUCAUACCUUAAAUGUGUGAGAUACUAAGACUUGAGUGUUAUUAUGCAUUUGUGCUGUUGGUCAUGUGCAGUAAAACAUCUCAUACUGUAUUCUUGCAAUUAAAUAUAUUUUAAUUAAGACAAUCGUGAGUAACAUUUUAAAUAAAACAUAAUUGAAAUUUCCA